CUCUCAGGCCGACUCCCUCUCCUGGAACGGAGGACACAGGUUGCGAGAAAUCUCUUUCACUUCUAUUUUCCUGGCAAAAAAGCCUCGUCACGUCACCGGCGUCCGUCCCUUUCACUUUUCUCCGUCUCACGGUCGUUCUUCUUUCUUCCCCGUGACGUGAUGACCGCUUAGCGCAAACUAGCACCAUGUCCGCCUUGUUCCAGUGCUGCUGCGCCGAGCCCCCCGAGGAGGAAGAGAGUAAACCUUUUGCGCAUACCGCUAGGAACCCAAAACAGGUUAAAGUUCUGAAGAAAGGAGACAAACUGGUCCUGAAGCACGUGAAUGUACCUGAUUUCGAUGAAAGGUUCUCUGAAAUUGCUGACCUCUACAAUGAACAGAUGGAGAAUAAUGAGAUCAUGAGUGACUGUGCCUUGAGGCUGAAAGAAAAAGGUGCCUCCACCAGCCUCGCUGGCUGCGUGCAGAACCUGCGAGAGAAAAACAGUAACUGUGAUAUCGGGGUCCAGAUGGAAGGCUACAACUUCUCCCUGGUUGCAACGUCGGAAGAAGAACUUCCAGAAACCCUGAAGGAGGCUCAGGAGCUCAUGAAAAAGUUGAGUCGCUCGACCAAAUUUGUCAUCGGCAACCAGACCAAACUUGGCGAACUGGUGUUCUCCUUACUGCAAAGGAAGACUCAAAUCUCCGAUGAGAUAAGACAGGCUAAUUCUGCCUAUCUAGACCAGGUCCGUCUAGAAGAUAACCUUAAAGAAAAUGUCCACAACAUAGAACAAGCUAAACUGCUGUCCAACCAAUAUGCAGAAGAUGCCAACGUUAUUCUCCGAGAAAUUGCAGCGAUUGCAGGAAUAGAUAAUAUUUGAAGGAACCUUCUGGCUUCAUGGACAGACUAAAUUCGUUGCAGCAGCUAACUUUUGAUCCUUCGCGGUAUGACGCAGUUAGGAAGCCGUCUAGUUGGAGAAGAACAUUAUAUUACUGCACAGUUUGUUCUGGACCUGAUGUGAGACCUUAGUGCACAACCCCUGCGUACAAACAUUUUUAAAACAGAACAUCCUCCACUGAAAGGGACACUGCGUAUUCCAACUCGAUGUUUGUCUACAAUGUGCCCUUCUACAAACAUAGACCGAAUGAUGGUCGGCAUUGGUCUUGAGCACUUGGCAGCUCAUUAACGUUUCGCAGGCUUAUUCUGGCUCUGAAAAGUCAUAGAUUCACGUAAAAUGGGAAGCAAUUAUUAUAAAAUAAAUGCUGCUUCAAUGGCA